AUGGCUCGGUCUCGCCAGGCCCAGCUCCUGCCUAUUGUUGGCUCCUGGAGGCAUGGCCUCUGCCUUCUCCCAGUGGACGCCCCCCAGGCUCAGCUCUUGCCUCAGCGUGACCACCUCAGGCCAAGCUCCUGCCUCUUGGCAGCCUCCACGGUCCCAGCUCUUGCCUCUCGGCAUCCUCUCCAGGCCCAGAACGGUUUCCAGCCAGCCUCUCCAGGCCCAGCUCUCCCUCCCGGCUGCGUCUGCCGGCCCAGCUUCUGCCUCACAACAACCACAUUCGGCCCAGCUCCUGCCCAGCUCCUGGCAACCUUUGUAGGCCCCAGAGCUCCUGGCAGCCUUCGUAGGCCCAAAACCUCCUCCAGGCCCAGCUCUUGCCUCACAGCAGCCUUCCCAGGCCCAGCUCUUGCCUCACGGCGGCCUUCCCCGGCCACGUUCCUGCCGGCCUCCUGGCAGCCUCAACAAGCUCGGAUCCUGGCCUCUGCAGGCCCAGCUCCCGCCCAUCCCGACAGCGUCUCCCGGCCCAAGGCUUUCUCAAGUCAGCCCCUCCAGGCCCAGCUCCUGCCUCCCGCCACUGGCCUAUGCAGGCCCAAAGCAUCCUGAAGUCGGCCUCGCCAGGCCCAGCUCCUGCCUGUCGUAGGCCCCUGGAGGCAUGGCCUCUGCCUCCUCCCAGUGGACCCCCCAGGCCCAGCUCUUGCCUCACAUUGGCCUUCCCAGGCCAUUUUUGUACCUUCCUCUUUACAGCGUCUCCAAUCCCUGUUCAUGCUUUUCAUCAGUUUCUAGAGGUCCAACUCCAUUUUUCCAAUGUACUAUUUAGGCCCUGCUCUUGCCUUUCAGUUGUCUCUCCAGACCAAGAACUUUCUCAUGUCAGUCUCACCAGGCCUAGCUCCUGUGUCUGGUAGGCCUUUAAUGGCUCCGCUUUUGCCUCACGGCGGCCUUCCAGCUCCUGUUUAACGGCGGCUUCCCAUGUCCCACCUUCUGUCUUCCUCUGGCCACUCCAGGCCCAGCUUCUUCCUUGGUGCCCUUUUUAAGCCCAUAGUUUUUUCCAGUCAAGCUCUCCAGGCCCAGCUUGUGCCUCUGAGUGUCCUCUAGGAUCUCAGCUUCUUCCUAACAGUGACCACUUUAGACUCAGCUCAUCCUUACUGGGACCUCUUCAAGCCAUGCUGCUGCCUCUUGGCAACCUCUAGUGGCCCAGCUUCUGCCUCACAGCUGCCUCUCCCUGCAUGCCUAGCUCCUGCCUCUUUGGGGCCCUUACAGGCCUAAAAGUUUCUUAAUUUGUUCUUCUCAGGCCCAGCUCCUGCCUUCUGGUGGCCUCUACAGGCCUGGCUUCAUCCUUUCAAUGGCCUUUUUAGGCCCAGCUCCUUCCUCCCAUUGGCCUCUCCAGGACCAAAACGUCCUUAAGUCAACCUCACCAGGCCCAGCAGCCUUGCAGCCUUCAGAGGCCUAGCUUUUGCCUGCCAAUGGCCUCUUUAGCCCUACCUCCUGCCUUUCACCAGUCUCUCCAGGCUUUGCUCCUUUCUUUUUACAGCCUCUGCAGGCCUAAAACUUCCUCAAUUUGGCAUCUCCAGGCCCAGCUCUUGCCUCCUGGCACCCUCUGCAGGCCUAGCUCAAGCCUUACAACAGCCUCUUUACCCCCAGCCCCUUUCUCCCAGUGGCCUUUCCAGGCCUAGAACUUCUUCAUGUUGACCUCACCAGGCCCAGCUCCUGCCUUCCGGCAGCCUCUACAAGUUUAGCUCCUGCCUCCCAGGGAUCUCUCCAGGCCCCAGACUUUCUCAAGUCCACCUCACCAGGCCCAGCUUCUGCCUCUCGUCAGCCUUCCAAGAGCCAGCUUUUGCUUCACGUCUGCCUUCCAAGUCCCAGCUCCUGUUUUACAGUGGCCCCCUGAGGCCCAGCUUCUGCUUCCCAGUGGCCUCUUUUGGCCCAGCUCUUGCCUUACCACGGCCUUUCAGACCAAGUUCCUGCCUUUUAGCAACCACUACAGGCCGAGCUCUUGCCACCUUUCAAGAACCAACUCCUGCCUUAUGGUGGCCUCCCGAGGGCAACUUUCUGCCUCAAGUCAGCCUCUCCGUGCCCUGGUCUUGCCUGCUAGUGGACUCUGCAGGCCCUGCUUCUGCCUUACAUUGGCCCUUUUAUAAAGACCCAACUCCUGCCUCACAACAACCUGUUUUUGCCCAGCUCUUGCCUCCUGCAGUCUCCUUAGGCCCAAAUUUUCCUUCAGUUGACCUCUCCCAAGCCCAUCUCCAGCCUCUCAGCGCCCUCUUUAGGUCCAGUUCCUGCCUUAAUAAAUUGGAAUAAAUUAUUAUUAUGUGA